AAAUCAUGUACCGCUUCGGGUGACGACGCUCUAGCCACCGAGGGGCUAAUCCAACGCCACAUGCGACGCUUGGCACAAGGCUGACGUUUUGGCCGUAAAUUUAAGGCAUAAGAUUUAUGCGCCACUGAAUUGUCCCUUCAGCCUUCUCACUCUUCCCAACCCAUGUGAGAGAUAGAACCAUUCCGAGAGUCGCGACGGAAGAAGUAUGAUUGAGAAAACAGGAUUCAUUACAUGAUAGGUCAGAGACAAAUAGGGUUGUUUUAGCCAUGGCGGAUUUCGAUCUUGCUACGAGCUUCAUUCCCUCGUUAUAUAAACCCGCGUCACUACUGCCCAUAGCAAAGCAUCGUGAGAGUCUUCUUUAUACCAUUGAAACCCAUGCGGUUACUAUAGUGGUGGGUCAGACCGGGUGCGGUAAAAGCACCCAGCUGCCCCAAUUCUUGGAAAAGGCUGGGUGGUGCUCUGAAGGCAAGGCCAUUGCCAUCACUCAGCCUCGAAGAGUAGCUGCUACGACAGUUGCCACGAGAGUAGCUGAAGAGUUUGGAUGUACGCUUGGGCAAGAAGUUGGAUAUUCGAUCCGUUUCGAGGAUGUGACUUCGGCGGCCACGAAGAUCAAGUUCUUAACCGAUGGGCUUCUCCUACGAGAGGCAUUGGUGGACCCGUUAUUAUCUCGAUAUUCCGUUAUUAUGGUUGAUGAAGCUCACGAAAGAUCUCUCAGUACAGAUGUUUUAUUAGGAGUUCUACGGAAAAUUCACAAGAGGAGGCCGGAGCUGAGGAUCAUCGUGAGCAGCGCUACACUUCAAGCACACGAGUUCCUCACCUUCUUUACUGCCGAAGACACUGCCACCGCGAAGGAUGCAGGCGGAACAGAAAGUGGCAAAGAUGCGGGCGCGAUUAUCAGUCUAGAGGGCAGGAUGUACCCGGUCGACAUUCUCUACACCGAGUCGCCUGCAGAGGACUAUUUAGAGAUGGCAAUCCAAACAGUUUUCGACAUUCACACGAAAGAGCCAGAAGGAGAUAUCUUGGUCUUCCUAACAGGCCGCGAAGAGAUUGAUAAAGCGGUACAAGCAAUAUCAGAACGAUCAGCACAACUACACCCCCGCGCAGAGACAAUGAUGCCGCUUCCCCUAUAUGCAGGCCUCUCCACAGACCAACAAAUGUACGUUUUCGAGCCCGCACCCGAAAACACACGCAAGGUCAUCUUCUCCACCAACAUAGCCGAAGCAUCCGUAACAAUCGACGGCAUCAUCUAUGUAGUCGACAGCGGCUUCGUCAAACUCCGCGCCUUCAACCCCACGACCAGCAUCGAAACCCUCACCGCAACUCCUAUAUCCAAAGCCUCGGCAACCCAACGAGCCGGGCGAGCAGGUCGCACAAAACCAGGGAAAUGCUUCCGCCUCUACACCGAAUCCGACUACGCGUCCCUCCCACAAUCCAGCAUUCCCGAAAUCCAACGCUCAAACCUCGCCCCUGUCAUCCUCCAGCUCAAAGCUCUAGGCAUCGACAACAUCGCACGCUUCGGCUUCUUCACCUCUCCCCCCGCCGAACUCGUCAUCCGCGCCCUCGAACUCCUCUACUCCCUCGGCGCGCUCGACACAUACGCCAAGCUCACGCGACCCCUGGGCGUGCGAAUGGCCGAGCUCGCGAUAGAGCCCAUGCUCUCCAAAGCCCUUCUUAGCGCCUCAUCAUUCAACGUCCUGAGCGAAAUGCUCACCAUAGCCGCCAUGACGAGUCUCGGCGGCAGCGUAUGGAUCGAGCACUCCGACGAGCGCAAGCGGCUCGAGAUGACGCGACGGAAAUUCGCGGCUGAGGAAGGGGACCAUCUCACGCUGCUGAAUGUGUAUCAAGCGUUCAUCACUACGGGAAAGAAGGAUGUCAAGUUCUGUCGCGACAAUUCACUGAAUUUUAAGAGCAUGACGAGAGCGGUGAGCGUGAGGGGACAGCUGAAGCGGAUGCUCGAGCGCUUUGGACUCGUUGUUGAUGAGACGUUGAGUAAGAACGCAAAUAAACAGGCAUUGGGUACAGGUAGUAUGGAUAAGGGAGAAGCGAUACGGCGGUGUUUGACGACGGGGUUCUUUGCGCAUGCGGCGAAGAUGCAGCCGGAUGGGACGUUUAGGAAUGUAGCGGGUGGGACGGUGUUGCAUGCGCAUCCGAGCUCGUUGAUGUUUAAUCGGAAGGCGGGGUGGGUGGUUUUUCAGGAGGUUAUGGAGGUGGGUGAGAAGACGUAUGUUAGGGAGGUUACGAAGAUUGAGAAGGAUUGGUUGGUGGAGUAUGCGCCGGAGUUUUAUAAGGCGAAGUGAUAAAAGGUAUUAUACAGGGAGUUUAGGGCAUAGACAUCGUACACUGCUGGUAUAUCCUUUACAUGAACUCAUCUAUACAAACCAACUAUGGCAAAUAUUGUUGUUAAUUAAAUGGUGUUCAGGGAAAUUUGAAUUUAUUUUAUGC